AUGACGGAGAUCGAGAAGCAGGUGAUGCUGAAGCUGAAGGAGGUGGUGGACAAACAGAGGGACGAGAUCCGGGCCAAAGACCGCGAGCUGGCUCUGAAGAACGAGGACAUAGAGGCACUCCAGCAGCAGCAGUCCCGGCUCAUGAAGAUAAACCACGACCUGCGGCACAAGAUCUCGGUGGUGGAGGCCCAGGGCAAGGCGCUGAUCGGGCAGAAGGUGGAGCUGCAGGCGGGCGCCCAGACGCAGGCGCAGGAGGUAGGCGCCCUGCGGCAGGAAGUGGCCCGCCUCCGGGACCGGCUGCAGGGGGACGGGCCCCGCCCCGACUCAGAGGAGCCCCGGCCUCUGCCCCCCUCCCCCGCAGAGGUAAAGACCCCCCCACCAGGGACAGACCCACAGACAGAGUAUCAGGACAAAAAUACCCUCGGGUCGUAUUUGUUUCCAUUCUUAUGA